AUGAGAGAUUACAAGAUUGUUGUUUUGGGCGCCGGUGGUGUGGGUAAGUCCUCGGUCACCGUUCAGUUUGUGCAAGGUGUAUAUGUGGAAAGUUAUGAUCCAACGAUCGAGGACUCGUACAGAAAGCUGAUCGAAGUCGACGGCAGGGCCUGUGACUUGGAGAUUUUGGAUACUGCUGGUGUUGCCCAGUUCACUGCUAUGCGUGAAUUGUAUAUCAAAUCGGGCAAAGGCUUUUUGUUGGUGUACUCUGUCACAGAUGAAAACUCCUUGACGGAAUUGUUGGCAUUGAGAGAGCAGGUGCUCAGAAUCAAAGACUCAGAUAACGUGCCAAUGGUGCUCAUUGGUAACAAGAGCGAUUUGGAAGAGGACAGAGUGUUGUCUGUCGAGGACGGUGUCAAGGUGUCCCAACAAUGGGGGCUGGUUCCUUUCUACGAGACAUCGGCCAUGUACAAGACCAAUGUUGAUGAGGCCUUCAUCGACGUGGUGAGACAAAUCAUGCUUAAAGAGGCACAGAUCAGUGCUGAAAAGAAGCAGCAGAAGGAGAUGCAGAAGCAACAAGCUUUGGAAGCGGGCAACCAGAAAGGGGCGGUCAACGGUAUCGCUGGAAUCGAUAGCGAGUCUGUCCUCAAGCGAAACAGGCAAUCUGUUUCGUCGAAGAACACGAAAAGCCGCAGUAAAUGUUGUACCAUUGUAUGA